GCCUGCAGGGGGGCGGGCGCGGGGCGGCGCCGGCCGCGUCCUGCAGCCACUCCCCGGGCAGCGGCGUUGGCGGCGGCUGGAGCGCGGCGCCAGCCGGUCCAGCGGCCCAUGUCCUCGGCGGCGGCCCGCAGGAUGAGGAAGGACGAGUCGUUCCUGGGCAGGCUGGGCGGCACGCUGGCCCGCAGGAAGAAGGCCCGCGAGGUGGCCGACCUGCAGGAGGAGGGCAAGAACGCCAUCAACUCCCCGCUGUCCCCGGCCCUGACGGACAUCCACCCUGAGGACACCCUGCUAGAGGAGAAUGAGGAGCGCAGGAUGAUCGACCCUGUCUCCAGGGAGGACCCCAAGUUCAAGGAGCUGGUCAAGGUGCUCAUUGACUGGGUCAACGACGUACUGGCCGAGGAGCGGAUCAUCGUGAAGCAGCUGGACGAGGACCUGUUUGACGGGCAGGUGCUGCAGAAGCUUCUGGAGAAGCUGGGCCACUGCAAGCUGAAUGUGGCCGAGGUGACGCAGUCCGAGGUCGGCCAGAGGCAGAAGCUGCAGACGGUGCUGGAGGCCGUGCAGGAGCUGCUGCGGCCCCACGGCCGGCCCCUGCCCUGGACUGUGGACCUGAUUCACGGGAAGAACCUGGUGUCCAUCCUGCAGCUGCUCCUCUCGCUGGCCACGCACUUCCGGGCACCUAUCCGCCUCCCCGAGCAUGUGUCUGUGCAGGUGGUGGUUGUGCGGAAGCGGGAAGGGCUGCUGCAUUCCAGCCACAUCACUGAGGAGCUGACCACCAGCACCGAGAUGAUGGCCGGCCGUUUCGAGAGGGACGCCUUUGACACGCUGUUCGACCACGCCCCGGACAAGCUCAACGUGGUGAAGAAGUCCCUCAUCACCUUCGUGAACAAGCACCUGAACAAGCUCAACCUGGAGGUGACGGAGCUGGAGACGCAGUUCGCAGAUGGCGUCUACCUGGUCCUGCUCAUGGGCCUGCUGGACGGCUACUUUGUGCCCCUGCACCUUUUCCACCUGACCCCGGAGAGCUUCCAGCAGAAGACCCACAACGUGUCUCUGGCCUUCGAGCUGAUGCUGGAAGGCGGCCUCGCAAAGCCCAAGGCCCGGCCCGAAGACGUGGUGAGCCUGGACCUCAAGUCCACGCUGCGUGUCCUGUACAGCCUGUUCACCAAGUACAAGAACAUGGAGUGACAGAGAGAGCCGGAGACCCCACCCGCCCGCUCCUUCCCGAUGGGCUCUCUCAGGGCGCCCGGAGAUGGAGCGGCAGCACCGCCCCAAAGGCGCUGAGUCGGGUCCCACCUUCCGGGGGCUCCUUGGGUCUUGGGCGACAUCAGCCCAAAGCAGGUCGCAGCAUCACCUUCACCCGUGUCCCGCCGCUCGCUGGUGCCAUAAACCUCCCCGACCCCAGCAAGCUCGACCCCGAGGCGCGGCCCACACCCUGAGUCUUCAGAGGGGCUGGAAAACGGGGUUCAGGGUGUGGGGGCACUAGCCCCAGGUGCCCCCCAAUCCCUGAGGCUCCAGGUUGGGGUCCCGGGGGCUGGUUUCCAUGACGCCCCGGAACCGUGCCCGUCCCCAUGGCCCCUCAGGGACCGCCUCUGGACCCCUGUUGGCAACCACCUGUGAAGACCCAACUCCAAGUAGCCACGUAUGGGGGGGGGUCGGACUGCAAGACCCGGGUGCGCCUCUGCCGCACCCUGCUGUGGGCGCCCUGGGCCCCGCGCCCACCGUGCGCCCCGCGCCCCGCUCCGUGCGCCCUGGGCCCCGCGCCCCGCUCUGGGCUCUCCUGCCUCUCUCCAGCACCCUCUGAGCUCCAGGGGCUCCCCUGAGCUGGGGUGCGGCUCCUUGGUGGUCUCCGUGCUCACGCCCCCCGCCCCCACCCCAGCCCCCGCCGCCCGCCCGUCCGUCUCCAGCCCGCGCCCGGCCUGCGCCCCCUCCCCCGCUCCGGUUCCCACCCUUGGAACCGCGUUUCCCCGCAACAGUUUAAUAUUCCGCCGGCGCUGACGGAGAAGGAGGUUUCCCAGCAGGGGCAAGAAAUAAUUAAAACGGCAUUACCGCGGCUCCUGCGGGGGGCGGUGACAUUAAGGCAGCGGCCGGCCCCUCCGAGCCGCCCCACCCUCGCUGGCCCCCCUGGGGCCUGGGGGAUGCAGGGAGGCCUCCACGCCAGCUUGGAAAGAAGCGAGUCUCACGUUCUCCACCUGAGCCAGCAGCUCCAGCCUGCCGGGGUCCUGUGGUGAGGAUGGGAUUGUUCUAGAAUGCCCCCCACCGCCACCGCCAACCGGGACGGACCGAGCUGGUUGGAUGAUGUGGGUAGCCCCCCACCCACCCCGACUGCAGUGGCCUGGCUUUCAGAACUAUCUGGAAGGACUCGUGCUCAGCAGCCCGGGGCCCUGGCACAGAGACUUCCGGGCUCUGGGUCAUCUCUGCCGGGGGCGGCCUGCUGGGCCCCAGGAACCAGUGUCCCUGCUUGCGGAACGUCCCGGAAGCUUCCUCAUGGCCACGCAUGCAGGAGCAGCUGGAUGCCGGUCUCUGGAGGGGCGGCCUGAAAGCCAAGCCCCCUCCACGCCCCACCCCUGCGUCCUGCAGCCCCUCGGGGACGCCGGGGUCAGGGCCCUGCAGCGUGUCUGCGUCCCCACAGCCUCGGGGGUCCGUCUGCAGCUGGCAGAGCCCCUUUCACGCCUGCACGGCGAUGCCACAGGCCCCAGUGCCCCCCCCCCCCCGCCACGGAACAGGCCGGCACUGAGCUGCGUGGGCAGCCUCUGCUCUGCGACUCGGCUCGCUCUGCUUCUGUUCCCGUUUGGAGCCGUGUGUUUGCUUUGGGAGUUUUGCAUAUUCAAUAAAAGCCGCUAAG